ACAAUAGAGCUGUUGUGCCGUGUUGGUGGACAGAUUGCUGCCCUGUAGAUUCCCACUGAGUGCUGGGAUACAAAAACCCCACAUUUAACCCAAACCUACAGCCGGAGCCCGUGUUUUUUUUACUACUAUCUGUCUGUGAGAGCUGUCUGCGGGUGUUUGUGACAGAAAUAAAGCGGAGAACCGAGCGGGGACUGGAGGAAUGAAAUAAAGUGGUUUACGGUUUAGCAGAAGAAUCUACUAGCAUGCUUUUCAAUGUGAAAUUUAUGGAUGUUACAGGAUGAAACGUCUCAGGUCCUCCAGCAGCAGUGACAGUUCUGACAAUGAGAGUCCUUCGACCUCCUUCUGCUCCUCUAACAAGUAUGGCAGUAAACCAGAAACCCCGGCCCCCAACCCCAAGAAGCCGGCUGAAGUGUUCAGAAAAGACCUGAUCAGUGCCAUGAAGCUGCCAGACUCCCACCAUGUCUCUCUGGAGGAUUACUACCUGCUGGCAGACACCUGGAAGCAGGAGUGGGAGAAGGGAGUCCAGGUACCUGCAAGUCCAGACACCAUCCCAGAACCAUCAGUCAGAAUCAUUGCAGAGAAGCCCAAAGAAGUUCUUUACACCCACCAGAGGAAGUACGUCCAGUGCUCGGGACAGGAGUCAACAGAACCUGGUUAUGUCAACAUCAAAGAGCUGGCAGAGAUCAUGUGUCGCUACGAUCUGGACGACAUGGACCUCUACUGGCUGCACGCACUCAACCGAGAGCUGGAACGCAUGGGGGAGGAGCCCAUAGACGAGCUGACGAUGGAGCGAGCCAUGGAGGCGCUGGAGAGGCAGUGCCAUGACAACAUGAACCACGCCAUCGAGACAGUGGAGGGUCUGGGGAUUGAGUACGACGAGGACGUCAUCUGCGAUGUGUGCCGCUCCCCAGACAGCGAAGAAGGAAACGACAUGGUGUUCUGCGACAAGUGCAACAUCUGUGUGCACCAGGCCUGUUACGGCAUCGUUAAAGUGCCUGUUGGAAACUGGCUGUGCAGGACAUGUGUCCUCGGCAUCGACCCGCAGUGCCUUCUGUGUCCCCAGAAGGGCGGUGCCAUGAAGGCAACACGUGCUGGCACCAAGUGGGCACAUGUAAGCUGUGCCCUGUGGAUACCAGAGGUGAGCAUCGCUUGUCCUGAGAGGAUGGAGCCCAUCACCAAAGUCUCCCACAUCCCACCCAGCCGCUGGUCUCUCAUCUGCAGUCUGUGCAAACUGAAGACAGGUGCAUGUAUCCAGUGUUCGGUAAAGAACUGCACCACCCCCUUCCAUGUCACCUGCGCCUUUGAGCACAGCCUGGAGAUGAAGACCAUCUUGGAUGAGGGGGAUGAAGUUAAGUUCAAGUCUUACUGCCUCAAGCACAGCAAAUCUAAAUCUGGGGAGGCGGGACUGAGCCCAGCUCGUUCUAAACCCCCCGGUGAGGCGGGGAAGGUGGGCCAGCGGGCACAGAGACUGCAGGAGCUGGAGGAGGAGUUCUACACCCUAAUCCAGCUGGAGGAGCUGGCCCAGGCCCUCGGGCUCUCAGAGCGCCUGGCGGAUUUCAUCUAUCAGUACUGGAAGUUGAAGAGGAAAUCCAACUUCAACAAAGCUCUGCUGCCCCCUAAAGAGGACGAGGAGAACCUGGUGCUGCAGCCGCAGGAAGACAGCAUCCACACACGCAUGCGGAUGUUCAUGCACCUGCGCCAGGAUUUGGAGAGGGUGAGGAAUUUGUGUUACAUGGUGAGUCGACGGGAGAAGCUGAAGCUGCUGCAGAGUAAAGCCCAGGAGCAGAUGUUCAACUUACACGUGAAGCUCAUGAACCAAGAAGUUUCUGCUGGUCUUCCUGCUUCGUUCCCAGUGGAGAGUAUGCUGUUUCGCCCUCCUCCCAGGAUUACUCUCAAGCUGAAAAUGCCCAAAGCUUCAAGUCUUGGAAGUGGAAAUUCCAGUUCCAAGUCUGGCAACGGGCCGCUCUGCCCGGACAAUAGUGGGAAUGUCACUGAACAUGCAGGUGAAGGACUCGGUCAGGGGAAGCCUCAGCUGCACAGCCGAGGUCUGAGAGAGGAGCGCUCCAAUGGCCGACUGUCUUCCUCGAGUCACUCAAGCAGCCCGGCGCUGCCCGUUAAACCAACCGGCAAACCUUUAGCGCUGCACGCUGCACUCCACGGCCAUUCUUCCAACAGUAACGGCAAACUGGACCAAGACCGAACAUGUCUGACCAAACCUAACGGCCUCUUAGAGAAGUACGUGGCUCAGAAGGACAGUUCCUGCCAGACGCCCAGUGACCGGGACGCUUCAAGUGAGGCUUUGGACAAGAACAGCUUUCGCAAGUCAGCCAUAGAGCACUUUGGCAGGUCCUUCAAAGAGGCAACCAUUAACUUGGUACGGACCACAGAGGACCUGUGGGCCUCAGACAAACUGUCCCGAAAGGGUUCAACCAAGGAGCGGCUUUGGGCCAAACCUGUGUCUGAACACAAAGUGAAAACCGUACGAGCUUACCAGGACAGCGACGGCUACUGUCCCGACCUGGAGCUCAGUGAUUCAGAGCCGGAGGCCAAAGGGAGACACAGACGGCAGGUCGGGCUGUCAGAAACUCAGAGGAAAGGGAAGCAGUCACUGAGCUCCAGACACAGCAUGCAGAGGUGACGGCUGUUUGUUUACUCCACUCACUGCUGCUGUUCUUUCCCUCCCGACCCUCCGGCAGUCUGGGCCAAGUGCCACAUCAUCAUCUCUAUCAGGGACCAAGCCACAGUGCUAACGGUGCUGAACACAAGCAGCAGAAGACACAGGAGCAGGAGAUGCAUAAAGGGUGUUGUAAGGAUUUAUGAAGAAGCUUAGCCUUGUGUCAGUGCUGGUUAGAGAGGAACAAAUAUGUCAGUCUUCUGAGAUUAUCAUGCUUGCCUUUCAUUUGUGGCCAUUAUUAAAAUUGUACUGCGCACAACUUUGUAUUAAACACUCCUGCUCAAUACACACAGGUUUGAUUUGCCUUUGACUAAAACUGCUGUAUAGAAAACAUUCAAAUUGGGAUGUAAAUAAUGUGUAACUCAACCACAAAUGUUCCUUUUAUCGAUACUCAAAAGUCAAUGUGGCCAAAAAUUAAAACAGACAAGACCGAUAGAAAUGCUGUAGUAAACUGUAGUGCAUCUGCUGCACUUGUUUCUCGCACAUUAUCAGUCACCUGUUAUCCCAUGGGUGGGACACUGAUUUGGUGACAUUUUGCAUUUUUCAAGUAGUUGAGUCAUUUCUGAUGACACGAAUGCCUUUUGUAUGCAGGGCUGGUUACACUAAGUCAUGUCCUGGUGAGAUAAAACACAACGUGAGCAACCGAGUUUGUAUCUCAAAAUGGGAAGAAAUGUGUAAAAGUGAAGAAAGCAUAAUUACAUUCCAAGAUGUGUCCUUCAGUUACUGGAUGCAUAAAAGCAAAAACUGAGAAUAGAUGGAUGACAUUCAGACUGCCUUUUGCCUUUAUUUGUGUUUUCAGAUCAUCACACAAUCAGUCUUACUAUCGCAGGUUUUUAAAUUGUGAAAAUGAGCUGUGAAACCUCGAGUCAUUGCUGUUUAUGUCCCUGAUUUCACACAACAACUUGGCAUGGCUGGUUUAUUAGGGCUGGAUUUAAAAGUUUUUUUUAUACAGAUGCCAAGUCAAUACGUUUCAAUAAUACCCUAUUUUUUUACCACAAAACCUUUGUUUUAUUUAACAAAAAAUGUUACAAAUGACUUGCUGUUUAAUGGUGUCUUAAUAAAAAUGCCAUACAAUUGACAAAAUCAUGAUUUGAAUUGCAGGUCAACCAAUUACUGGAUCUGAUAAUCAGCAUUAUUCGUUUUUUUUGUUUGUUUGUUUGUUUGUUUGUUUUAAUCAAUUCCCCCAUAAAUAUAUUAAUGUACAAAUACUGCUUGUAUCUGUAGUCACUCUGAUGUCCUCUAGUGUCACCAGUUAUUGCAGUUAAAACAACACUAAAGGAAAAAAUUGAGUUGUGUUUCUCUAGAUUUUAAUAGACCAAUUUUAUCUUGUUUCCAACUAACAGUUAAUGGUUUCCUUGGUAAUAAUUGGUAUCAGUGUUCAAAAAGCCAUAUUGGUCGACCCCUAAUUUAAAUCCGAUAUGUGACAAAAGAAUCGGAUGAAAGGUUUGGAAGUUCUCAGUGUCAGAUUGACCUGAAUUGUUGCAAAUGACAUGUUUAAAGUGAAAGUUGUAAAAUGAUGUUUCACUGUCAUUCUCCAGUAAACACACUGAACUGUAAUGUGACAUCAUGUCCUUUAAAGAGACCCUCAUUUAUAAACAAAUCUUAUGUAAAUUACCUUUUCAACUAGGCAAGAGAAAGCAGGACAGAAAUGGCAUCCAUGGACUCCAACUGCGACCCUUCAUCACUAUAAACAUUUUACAAUUACACACUACAUCAACAAGGACUCAUUUUUACUCUGUUUGCCUUUUCAUUUUUAUUUUUUUUUAUUAUGUUACACACGACUACAAUCAGGCGACAUCAAACACUGUUGAGAUUGGAGUGGAUUGUGAAUUGCAAAAACAGGUGUAUUAACACUUUUUUUCUCAUUUGGAAAGUACAUUUUUAAAUAAAUUCUUAAAAUGAA